UCGCCUGCCGCCGUACCCGUUCGGCUUCGGUCUUUUCACGACCGACCCGCGCCACAGCUCAACGCCAUUUUACCGCCCGCUCUGCCGACUGGUGCGCAUGUUCGAAAUCAAACACGCUCAAACGCUUUGAUUACAUUUUUUUCUCCUUCGACAUCACCCAGCCGCAAAAAUGAGCCUGUUCCGUUCGACCGCCUCCAAACUCUUGGAAAUCAACCAGGUCGCUGCUCCAUUAUGGACUGCUUCCCGGUCAAUGGCAUGUGCAUCUACCGAUCUGAAAUCUGUAGUUGCUGAAAAAUUAAAGCAGAGUGGAGAGGAAAUCAAAGCCUUCAGAAAGCAACAUGGAUCUACAGUUGUCGGUGAUGUAACUGUAGACAUGAUGUAUGGUGGUAUGAGAGGUAUCAAGGCUUUAGUUACAGAAACAUCUGUAUUAGACGCAGAUGAGGGUAUUCGUUUCCGUGGUUAUUCUAUUCCUGAAUGUCAAAAAUUAUUACCCAAAGCACCUGGUGGUUGUGAACCUCUUCCUGAAGGAUUAUUUUGGCUUUUGAUAACUGGCGAGAUUCCAACACCUGAACAAGUUAAAUGGGUGUCUAAAACCUGGGCUGAGCGCGCUGAAUUGCCAUCACAUGUUGUCACCAUGCUUAAUAACCUGCCCAACACUGUACAUCCCAUGACACAAUUAACAUCUGCUGUUGCUUUGCUUAAUUCAGAAAGCAAAUUUGUACAGGCCUAUACCAAUGGAGUUCAUAAGUCACAAUACUGGGAGUAUACAUAUGAAGACUCUAUGGAUUUGAUUGCUAAAUUACCAGUAAUUGCAGCAACAAUCUACAGGAACAUUUAUCACGGCGGAAAUCAAGUUGGCACUAUUGACACUGAACGCGAUUGGAGUGCAAACUUUACAUCCAUGUUAGGAGCAAAUACUUCUGAAGAAUUUGUUGAACUUAUGCGAUUGUACUUGACCAUCCAUUCUGACCACGAGGGUGGUAAUGUAUCAGCUCAUACUACUCAUUUAGUAGGAUCCGCUUUAUCUGAUCCCUAUCUUUCAUUCAGUGCUGGUAUGGGUGGUCUUGCUGGACCAUUGCAUGGACUUGCUAACCAAGAGGUUUUAAUAUGGUUGCAAAAAUUACGUAAAGAAGUUGGAGAUUCUGUAACCAAAGAACAACUAAAAGAAUUCAUUUUAAAAACAUUGAAAAGUGGACAAGUUGUACCAGGAUAUGGACAUGCUGUGCUACGUAAAACCGACCCACGUUACACUUGCCAACGCGAGUUUGCUUUGAAACAUUUACCUAAUGAUCCAUUGUUCAAAUUAGUAUCACAAGUAUUUGAAGUUGUACCUCCAGUACUUAAUGACCUUGGCAAAGUCAAGAACCCAUGGCCCAAUGUAGAUGCUCAUUCUGGAGUUUUAUUACAGUACUACGGCUUGAAAGAAAUGAACUACUAUACAGUAUUGUUUGGAGUAUCCCGCGCUCUAGGAGUAUUAGCUUCUUUGGUUUGGGACCGCGGUCUUGGUCUUCCCAUCGAACGCCCCAAAUCCUUCUCUACUGAAAAGAUGAAGGAAUUGGUCAGCAAACUGUCCGCAAAGGCUGCAUAAACUGUGUACUGAUAAUGAUAUUUAUUUUUUUCAAAAGAAAAUCCUGCACAUAACUUAUUUUGUUUAUUUCUUGAUACCCCGUCCAAUUAAUUUCUUACCUUGUCAAUAGAAUUAAGUCAAUAUACCGGUUUUUUUUUUUUUUAUUAAAUAAUAGCAUACUUUCAGUUAUUUCAAUAUUUUGUUUUAAUUAUUAAAGUAAAAUCUCAAAUCCAGUUAUGUGAAUUAUAAAUAUAUUUAUAUAUUGUUGUUCGUUUUCUAAUUUCCCAAACAAUAUGUAUAAUGUAGAAAAAAAAUCCAUAAUGCGUCCUCCUGAAUUACUUGGAGUAUAACAUUGCUGUUGUUUAUUAGUAUUUAAAAAUUAUUAAAUAGAUGAUAAAUUAUUCAUUUA